GCGAGGGUGGCCUGGACAUGGGACUCUGCCCAUCCUCUCUGGUGCUUUCAGAGAGGAAAAGGACCAGUUCCAACUCUGAUCCUGCCCAGGACUAACGGGACCAUCCCAUCUUUCCUCUACCUUCCUAGCUCUUAUUCGCCAAGACAGCCCCAGGCAGCGGCCACGCCCCACACUGUGCCAUUGGACAGCCUAGCAGGCUUCCUUAUCCAAGUCUCUGACCCUGAUUCCCUGUCUUCUGCCUCCCCCUUUCCAUUUACCUUCAAGCUUUUUCAUUUAGUCAACAAAACUGUGUGUGCUGGGACCCUAAUCUAAGCCUGGAGCUCCAACCGGCUCUGUUUUUCAAAUUCUUCACCCUGGGCCCCCUACUAAUCCAAUUCUCCACCCUCACACACGAGAGUUUUGACCUCGGACUCCAUCACUAUCCCACUCCUCUCCCUCCCUCCAGCUCCUGGGAACUGGAGCCUCAAGUGUCUGUCUCACAGUUCAGCCUCUCGGUGAUGCAGGCUCAACUCUCUCCUCCUCCUCCUUUCUCCACACCCCCUAAAGCCCCACAACUUUGGCCGGACGCCGGGCGACACCACGAGUUAUUUCCCAGCCCCGGAGUCUUGGCCUCUGAACAACUGGUUUCCUCUAGGAGUCUGGGAGGAGCGCUGUGGAGCCGGCAAGGAGCAGCCAGAAGCUAGGAGUCAGUCAGCAAGGGCAGGGGCUGCCUGGUUGGGGUAGGAGUGGGAGCAGGGCCAGCAGGAGGGUCUGAGGAAGCCAUUCAAAGCGAGCAGCUGGGAGAGCUGGGAAGCCGGGAGGGGUGAGUUUGGCAGAGGAGGAGGGUAAGUGGGGGAGGGGACUGUGGGAAAGUCUGGGCACCAGCUUGGGGACGGAGGAGGGCUUGUCUUUCCUUUCCUUUUCCAGUUCUUGGUUGGGGGCACCCUCAUCUUCACCCCAUCACACUGUGCUCAACCCCAAAGGCAUGUUUGUAGGGCGGAGACCUACUGGGUUCCACCUGGGUGGGGCGCGAGGUUGGUCCCAAGAUUCUGGGUUCCAACUCUGGUCCUGCCCAGCCUACAGACUACAAGAGAGGAUCCCGGCUGUCUGGGCCUCCGGGGUCACCACCAUGAGGCCACUUCUUGCCCUGCUGUUUCUGGGUCUGGCGUCAGGCUCUCCUCCCCUAGAGGACAACAAGAUACCCAGCCUGUGUCCCGGGCAGCCCGGCCUUCCAGGCACACCAGGCCAUCAUGGCAGCCAGGGCCUGCCUGGCCGCGACGGCCGUGAUGGCCGCGACGGUGCACCCGGAGCUCCGGGAGAGAAAGGCGAGGGCGGGAGACCGGGACUACCUGGACCACGUGGGGAGCCCGGGCCACGUGGAGAGGCAGGUCCCAUGGGGGCUAUCGGGCCUGCGGGGGAGUGCUCGGUGCCCCCACGAUCAGCCUUCAGUGCCAAGCGAUCAGAGAGCCGGGUACCUCCGCCAGCCGACACGCCCCUACCCUUCGACCGUGUGCUGCUGAAUGAGCAGGGACAUUACGAUGCCACUACUGGCAAGUUCACCUGCCAAGUGCCUGGUGUCUACUACUUUGCAGUUCAUGCCACUGUCUACCGGGCCAGCUUGCAGUUUGAUCUUGUCAAAAAUGGCCAGUCCAUCGCCUCUUUCUUCCAGUUUUUCGGGGGGUGGCCCAAGCCAGCCUCGCUCUCAGGGGGUGCGAUGGUAAGGCUAGAACCUGAGGACCAGGUAUGGGUGCAGGUGGGCGUGGGUGAUUACAUUGGCAUCUAUGCCAGCAUCAAGACCGACAGUACCUUCUCUGGAUUUCUCGUCUAUUCUGACUGGCACAGCUCCCCAGUCUUCGCUUAAAUACAGUGAAUCCGGAGCUGGCACUUGCUCCCUAGUGGAGGGUGUGACACUGACCGGCGCAGCGCAUACCAGGAGGGCUGGCCCCCUGGAAUAUUGUGAAUGACUAGGAAGAGAGGGAGCCACCUCUGGUCCCACUGCUGGCAAUGAAUGGAGACAGAGGCUGUCUGAGGUCAAGACAGACAACGUGGAGCAGUGGCUGGGUUUCUGCCCAGGACUUUAGAAUGCAGUAGGCUGGCAGCCUUGGGUUCCGGACCCAGGACUCCAAGGUGGGAUGCUCCCUUCCUAGUUCUGUGCUCCUUCUAGGUCCUUGACUCCCAGGGCAGGUCUUUUUCUCAGAGGUCACUUAAAUAAACUUAAAUCCUCCCA